CCGCACACGGAUGUGCAGUGGGUAGCGACUGUUGCUGAAUGCGAACGGCUGCCAUUUUGAUCUGAAAUAACUAGGAUCUGUGUUUCUUUGGCGCAAUAAUAAAUGGUUUAACUUAGUAGAUACAAUAGCUUUUUGCUUUCAGUUUUGACGCAAAAUGCUUUCCGCAGCCCAGUUACUCGAUGAGUUGAUGGGUCGAGACAGAAACUUGGCCCCCGACGAGAAACGAUGCAACGUACGCUGGGACCACGAGACCACCUGUAAGUACUAUCUCUGUGGAUUCUGCCCUGCAGAAUUAUUCACCAACACCCGGUCUGACUUGGGUCCCUGUGAAAAAAUCCACGAUGAAAACCUUAGGAAAAUGUAUGAGAAGAGCUCCCGGUUCAUGAAGGAGGGCUAUGAGAGGGACUUCCUGCGCUACCUGCAGUCUCUCCUGGCCGAGGUGGAGAGGAGGAUCCGCAGGGGCCACGCCCGUCUAGCCCUGUCGCAGGCCCAGCAGGCCGCAGGACAGGGGCCUGGUGGUCCUGUGGGGAAGAACGAGGAGAAAGCUACAGUCUUGACAGAGAAGAUCGAGGACCUAGUCAUGCAGAUCGAGGAGUUGGGCUCUGAGGGCAGAGUGGAGGAGGCCCAGGGGAUGAUGAAACUGGUGGAACAGCUAAAGGAUGAGCGAGAGCUGCUCAGCUCUACCCCCUCGACGAUUGAGACCUUUGCGGCCCAGGAGAAACAGAUGGAGGUGUGUGAGGUGUGCGGGGCGUUCCUCAUUGUGGGAGACGCCCAGUCCCGGGUGGAUGACCACCUGAUGGGCAAGCAGCACAUGGGCUACGCCAAGAUCAAAUCCACUGUGGAGGAGCUCAAGGAGAAGUUAAAUCGGCGAUCCGAAGACCCCGCCGGAGAAGACAAGGGAGAGCUAGAAAGCAAGGACUGGGAGCGUGAGAGAGAGAGGGAGACUAAGCGCAAGUUGGAAGAGGAGGAGAAAGAGAAGGAGAAGGAGAAAGAGCGCGAGAAGGAGAAGGAGAAAGAGAGGGAGCGAGUGAAGGAGCGGGAGAGAGAGAGGGAGAAAGAGAGGGAGAAGAGAGGAAGGAGGAGCCACUCGAACAGCCGCCACUCCAGCCGGGCGUCGGACCGUAAGAGGAGUCGUUCCCGGGAACGCAGGCGGUCCAGGAGCAAGGAGAGGGAGCGCAAACGUAGCAGAAGCCGGGACCGGGAGAGGCGGCGCAGCCGGGAGCGUUCGGACAGGAAACGGCGCUCCCGCAGCCGGGAGAGGAAGAGGUCCCGCAGCUCGGAGCGCAAGUCUCACCGCCACCGGAGCCGCAGCCGGGACAAGGACAGGACGUCCAGAGACAAAGAGCGUAAGGAGCCGGAGGAGAGGAGAAGCAGCUCCAAGAAGGACGAGGUGUUAGAUCAUGACAAGCCUUCCUCUGACGUGGCCAAGCCUGGGCCCGUGGAGGCUGAGGCUCCUGCCUCCACUCUGGGCUUGGCCCUUCUGGCCAGGGUCAACGGGGCUGCUCAAGACGAACUCCAUUCUGAAGGUGACACUCAGUCCAAUUAAAACUGAUCUGAUAGGACCUCAGAUCAGGCUCAGGGGACGCUGGGAAAUCUGGAGGAGGAAGAUCUGAAGACCACCUGUCGCUCCACCCUGAACCUGUCUCUGCGCUGCUUAAAACAAGGUGAACCACAGAUGUAGUGGCUUAUUAAAACAACUGUGACAUCUAAAUCACAACAAAAGACACGUGUGUAAAGGUGCCCUCUGUUGUCCUCCUGUUGGUUUUUUUGGAAGAUCACAUUUUAGCGCAGGACCAGGCAUUCUUCAUUCAGUUUUCCGUUGUAUUUCUUUCCUUCAUCGUUUCUGAUAUAAAGGACCUUGUCUAGUAGCUGCUGAGGUAGAAUGGUACAUUAAGGCUUUUAUCUAUGUUCUGUUUCUCAUGCAGUUUUUAUGACAAAUAAAAACCGUGCUUGUUUUGGUUUGUAAUGUCAGGUUUCCACUCUUUCACGGUUUUACUUUUUUUGGGAAAUCAGUUUGGGAAGUGUUUGUACAAUGUUAGUCAGGAGCAUCUCUUUCUCUCCUCUCUCCUUCCCACCACCAGAUCUCACACCCACUGACUGAUCUCUCUAGCCCCUUACUGUAAAAUAUAGUGAGAUUGAAUUGAUCUUUUUUUGUUCUGAUUUUUAAACCUGUUCAUCUUGAUCAAUAAAAAAAGAGCUUGAAUGA